UCCAGCAAUGAAUCCCAAAGCUGUACAGCACAUCUCAGAAUGCUUAAUCAAGCCUCAACGCAUCUUACAAGAAACAAUGCAUCCUUGGUAUUUGACACCAUGGGAUCUUCUUAUGCUUUCUGUUCAUUAUAUCCAAAAGGGCCUUCUUUUUGCCAAACCAACACCAUAUCAAGACUUCAAUAUCAUGGAUCUGUUGGAAAAGCUCAAGCAUUCCAUCGCUCUCACUCUUGUCCAUUUCUACCCCCUCUCUGGCCGCCUUGCAUCCUCAAAGACUGAAGACCCCGCUUCCUAUGUGGUCUACGUCGAUUGCAGUAAUAGCCCAGGAGCCAGAUUUGUCUAUGCAACUCUGGACAUGACAGUUUCCGACAUUCUUUCACCCACUUAUGUACCACUGGUGGUUCAGUCUUUUUUCGACCACGAUAAGGCUCUUAACCAUGAUGGGCAUGUCCGGUCUUUGGUUACAAUUCAAGUCACAGAACUCGUCGAUGGCGUCUUUAUUGGGUGUUCUAUGAACCAUGCUAUGGGUGAUGGAGCUUCUUUCUGGCAUUUCUUGAACACCUUGUCUGAAAUUUUUCAAGCACAGGGAGGUGAUGUUCAGAUCUCACGCCCACCUGUUCUCGAGCGCUGGUUUCCUGAUGGUUGUGGUCCGAUAAUCAGUCUUCCAUUUACCCACCAUGACCAGUUCUUAUGCCCAUUUGAAGCACCCUUGCUCAGAGAGAGGAUCUUCCACUUCUCAUCAGAAUCCAUAACAAAACUCAAAGCAAAAGCAAAUGCAGAAUACAACACCAACAAGAUUUCCUCUUUCCAGUCCCUGUCUGCAUUCAUGUGGAGGUGCAUAAUCCGAAUCCGUCAUCUACCACAUGAUCAAAUAACAAGCUGCAGGCUGGCUUGCAAUAAUAGAUCGAGAUUGAACCCACCUCUGUCUCCAAACUACUUUGGGAACUGUAUUAAUGCUCUUAGAGCUUCAACCACAGCAGGUGAACUGCUAGAGCACAAUCUUGGUUGGGCAGCAUGGCUAGUCCACGAGGCUGUUGUUAAUCAAGGGGAUCAGGAGAUCAGGGAGCGUCUUGACUCGUGGAUUAAAUCGCCCUCUCUUUAUCAUAUAGGUCAGAUGUUUGAUCCCUAUAGUGUGAUGAUGGGGAGUUCACCGAGGUUCAACAAGUAUGGAUGUGAAUUUGGAAUGGGGAAAGCUUUGACACUUCGAAGUGGGUAUGCACACAAAUUCAGUGGGAAAGUGUCAGCCUACCCGGGACGUGAAGGUGGGGGAAGUGUGGAUUUGGAGGUUUGCCUUCCCCCAGAUUCAAUGAUUGCUCUAGAGUCUGAUGAAGAAUUCAUGGAUGCCAUGGCUUAGCAACACAGCUGGUUGCUGAGGGUCGCUCGUCACAAAACAAUGUUUCUUCCUCUCUUCGUGUAUUCUUAUCCACUCCUCAUGUAUCCAAAACAACUAGAUUCUGUUCCUCGGAUU